AUGGCCUACUACGAUCCUCUUGCUUAUCAACAACUCCAGCUCCAACAGUCACCUGGCUUCAAUAACUCGUCUUCCCUUUGGAUGGGUGAGCUAGAGCCAUGGAUGGAUGAGAAUUGGAUCCGAGGAGCAUGGUACAGUGCUGGUGAACAGGUUGCGGUGAAAAUGAUUCGCGACAAAUAUACAGGAGCUGGCGCUGGAUAUUGCUUUGUUGAGCUAUCUAGCCCAGCAGCGGCUGCUAAGGCUAUUGCAAACCUGAAUGGGGUUUUAAUUCCUGGUACCAACAAGACUUUCAAGUUGAAUUGGGCCACGGGAGGAAAUAUGACCUCAGCUGUAGGUUCAGGUGUAGGUGCCAAUCAAGAGUAUUCUCUAUUUGUUGGAGAUCUAUCACCUGAGGUGACUGAGUAUAUCCUCAUGGCUACAUUCCAGGAGCGAUACAUGACUUGUAGAUCAGCCAAAAUCAUGACCGAUCCUGCAACGGGUGCCUCCAGGGGUUAUGGUUUUAUCCGAUUUGGUGACGAAGCCGAGCAGCAGCGUGCACUUCACGAGAUGCAAGGCGUCUACUGCGGUAGCCGGCCUAUCAGAGUAUCGGUUGCGACCCCAAAGAAUAAAGCUCCUGUACUCAAUAUGAGUGCUAGUAACAUGAACGGAAGUAUGGGUAUGGCACCAAUAGGGUAUGCGCACACCCACGGUUAUAUGCCUCUUCAACCCACUAGUCCUCAGCACACCCAUACCCUCAAUCAAUAUACAGACCCCAAUAAUACUACGGUCUUCGUUGGAGGACUCUCUGGAAUAACUCAUGAGGACGAGCUCAGGAAUAUCUUUGCAGCAUAUGGUGAUAUUACUUAUGUUAAGAUCCCACCAGGCAAAGGAUGUGGAUUCGUUCAAUUCGUGCAUAGACAAAGUGCGGAGAUGGCCAUUAACCAGCUAAAUGGUUACCAAAUCGGUAGUUCGCGCGUUCGUUUGUCAUGGGGACGUGCUCAGAAUGAGCCAAAACCGAUGUCGCCACAUGGACCUCCAGUGGCAUCCAGCUUCCGCCCUCCUAUGCAUAACCAAUACGGCUAUGGACACAACAGAGCUACUCCAUCUUUUGGCACAUUCCCGGGAUUUGUACAGAGCUCAAUGUUACCUGGUCUGAUGCAGACACAGUCUUCGCGGGAUCCCAUGGAGAGAAUUCCAGUCGAGCACCAAAAUCGCAUAUUCAUGGAGAGAAAGGAUGCUCUGAUGACUCGUAUGGAUGAAGGCGCUAGCUGGAGAGGAUCUGGAGCGAUUUACGCCUAG